UGGAAAUGCUGUAAAAGUGGGAAUUUUUAACUUUUUUAAACAAUUCCGUACGCGAUUAUCACAAACUGCACUCUGAUCGUCGGUCUCCCGAGGCAUGAUUUCACCUGGGUAUUGGAUACACUUAGCUCCGUCCGCGAAGGCAAAAAUUGGUUGUUCAGUGUGUUUAGGGAAAGAUCUCUGCGUGUGGGAGAUUUGCGAUGUGCCUGGUCUAGCAGCCCGCGCGUAAAUCCGCUUUGCUUACGCUUUUUUGGUGCCUACUGCCGUUUUGUUACCGAAACCACGCUAUCACAGGGACGCGGGAGUAAGCGACGACUGCGUAUGCAGGAAGGCGCUUAUCGGAGAAUCAUUUGGGCGGGCAUCUCGGUGACCCCGUAGCAACGCGGUUAGCGGUGUUCUUUCCUGUACCAACGCGGAGCUUCGGUAACCUUUGACUACGAUGGACAACUGCCACAACUAUGCCACAACUUCAAAAAAGAAACGAAUUCCGAUCUCCGACGACAUACACAUCAUCAUCAAGAAGUUUCGGGACAAGGACAAACAUGACGAAAAACCUUCGACAUCUGGCGACCAUGAUUACGACGAUGACCAUAGUAUGGACUCGGAGGAGCUACGACGGGUGCGUCAGCAAGAACCGUCGUCCUCUUCAACACUGCUCGGCGUCACCUCGAACAGCAGCAACAGCAACAGUGCAUCAGGCCCAACAGGAAGCAGUGGGACGAUGCAGACUGUUGGCAUCGGUAACAACACCUCGGUGCAGGUGCAAGUACAACAGCAGCAUCAAAUCAUCUCGAUCGGCCAACAAGCCUCGGGACAAAUGGCACUCCCACCGAACAGCAGCGUCACAGGAUGCAGUAGCAGCACAAACAGCAGUCCAGCCGGCGGCUCCCAGUCGGAAGACAUAAAGUUAAUUCUGAAAAAGCUGACCAACAUCGAAGAGCUGCUGAAGGUGGUGGCUGAGCAAAGCCUAAGCAGACUGACGGCUCUUAAGCAGGAAGGUGCCAAUGGCGCUCAGCAGGCGGCAAUCGGUGGUCCCAGUGUGACGCAGGCGACCAACAUUGAACCGAGCGCAGCUCAGUCACAAUCGCAACCACCGCCGCUGGUAGAAAUAGAGUCAUGCUUCAAGUUCCCCCUUCGUUCGCUGAAGGAGCUGAUCGAGCUGAACAAAAGCAUCUGCGGAGAUGAGACGCUGUACAACAAGCUUUUCGAGCAUCUAACCAAAAUAAGACUGGACUGUGACCAAAAUCUUGUCAUGAACGCACUAACCUCGAUCGUGAGCGACGAGGUACUGGAUUCCGUGACCUGGGACAGCGGCAAGAAAUUUAAGCUUUCUUCGGUCGUGCUAUUCAGCGAUUCGCUGUACGUCGCUUGGUUUAAGGACAAAAUGAAGUACGACGAAUAUGUGACCGAAAUGAAAGAUGCCAUUGAACGAUCGCACAAGCGUCAUGCAAAGGUUAAAACGAAAAAAAACCAACAAAAUCAGGCGCAAGCAGCACAACAAACGGCACAGCAGAUCAUUCAACAGCAGACGACCUCGAUAAUGCACUCGCCGCUCGGUACAAACAACAACGCUGGUCCAAUCUGCGCCGACUUUGUUAAGAUGGAAUCUCUCGACUAAUGUGCUGUUGGCAUAUGUUUCAACCCCGCCGCCCAUCUUUGUUAGAUACACGUGAGCAGCAUCCGCUUCCUUGGACAUCAUAAUUGUUAAGUGCCAACCCUGGGUUUGCGCUGGGUUUCGUUCACGCGGCAAACACAAUGUUUUUACUUGUCCGCAAUUAUUGAUAGUUACGAUUCUUCUAGUAUACGUCUGCACUCUGGCAAUUCAUUCUCUCUUUUUUUGCUCCAAUAUUUCAUCUUAUUGUUCAUUUGAUUGAAAUUAAUUACUCAUACUUCUUCUUAUUCAAAGCUUGCUCGAAAAUCGACGAGUGCAUGUUAGGAAAUCGUCUAGAUGGGGCGGAUUUUUAUUUUUAAACUAAAGCGAGUUAGUAUGUAAGUGUUCUGUUUCUCUUUUAAUUUUGUGUUAGAUGCUCUAUGGCGGUGUUUUUCGACAAAAUGGAGCUUAACGUAUGAUAGAUUGGGAGGGAAGCAGAUUGACAAAAUUUUCCUUUGAUGUUUUGAAAUGUUUUUGUAAGUUAAACAGAAGAGAAAAAAGGCAAGAUAGAAAAGAAAAUGAAAAGCCAUGAGUAUGAAACGUGGAGCUGAUUUAGCUUCGAAAUUUAGUACAGCACAGUGUGAUGAUGUAAAAUGAAUGAACUGGAGAAAGAAACCACAAUUUAAAGUAAAACGCAUCCCUGAAUUAACGGCGAUCGAUCUAGUCAUCCGAAUGAUGAUAAUAGUAGUGUGGGUCACAUCGUAAUAAUUCUCGUUGGUCUAGUGACCAGUGACAGCAAAGUGUGGAAAACGGAAUUUGAUAUCUCCAGUUGCGAUCGAAAUUAGUACAAUGAAGCUCAGCUUCGAUGUGCGAUAUUGUAUACGUCCUGCUUCAUUCUUCUCGCGAGUCCUAGAUUUUCUUCCCCUGGCAAGUAGUUCACCCUGUACUGGUCUAUGUUCGCGGUGGAGCCCCGUUCGGAAUCAAGAAGUGCGAAUCUUCUACUCUGCAUUGAUGUUACUGGUAAAAGACACUGCAUUGGCCGAUAGGAUUCCGUAUUUAUUCCAAUAAUAUACUUUAAUGGCUUUUUCACAACUCAAUUCUAGGCAGUCAGUACCAUCUCUUAUGUGUAUUUGAUUUUUAAACCCUGCCAUCCAACAACGAACCGAAGCGAGCGCGAGACGAAACAUCGUUACGAAGUGCCUCGAUGGAGCAGUUGGCCAUACCCACAGAUUGCAUGGCAAUCCUUUGCCCUGGUGGACAUGCUCUACAUAGUAAUACACACAGCAAAGGUAAAAGUGCACAUUACAUAUACAAGUUUGUUUACCACUUUUUACAAUAGUUCACAAUAGUUCUCAGAGGAAGCUGAACUGCUGCAUCUACUGCCCAUGGGUCUUACCAUGUUUUGCAUUGAUCUGUGGUACACGGUCACGGUUAGUAAGGGUAUUAAAACAAUCAACAAAAGCGGGUGGAAAGUGCUCGCAUUCGUGUUCAGGAUCGCCCAAUGGACUUCAUUACUCGGAGGCAUAACGUGUGCUAUCAGCCGUCGUUAUGCCGAUUGUGAAUUUUUGGAGUAAAUCUGUUUGAAUUUGGUUAAAAAUUAGUAACAAUAAGUUCGAUUAAAGUCACAGACAAAGAGAUAGUUUAGAGGGUGCAGAUGAACGCUAAUCGUUUUCGAAGGGUGCUUACAGGUUAUUCGGAGAGC